ACUUCACGCCCCUCCGCCGCUGACUGAUCGAUAGGCAGACAGCGAGCAGGACACAGCCUGGACCUCCUGAGUAAAACAUCUCUCUAUGAGUUACUCCCGGCGCGUGGCCUCCUGGUUGUUCUCCCUGCCCGCCCGUCUCGUCCAAGUAUGUGCGCGCGGCGCUAAGCUGGAGAUGAUCUCCGUUUGGCUGCUAUUCCUGAAGCUGCUGAGAGCCACAGCUGGUGUGAAAAGGCCAAAUGGGAGUGAAAUAAAUGAAGGCAGGAAAGACUCUUUAAAUCAGCAACAAAAAGAGCAAGAAUACCUCUCCGAGGCUGUCGCCAUGGAGACCAGCCAGCUUUCAGAAAUGGCUGAUCUAAAAGACUAUAAAAUGGAUCUGGGGGACACAGAAGAGGAUAAAUGCCAGCGGAGUGAGGAGGAUGGGAGAGAUGAGAGAGGCUGCUUCGAUGCACAUUUCCCCGAAUGCCUAGAUACUGAAAAGAUCAACUCCGCCAUCGCAGACGAGCAAAAAAGCAACGAGGUAGCCAAUGAUUGUGUGAGCUCUGAGGAAACCGACAGAAGCGCAGACCUGCAGGACAACAUCAUGGUAAAGGAGACUGAGAAAGAGGAGCCAAAUCUCAGAGAAUCCACACCAUCUCCAGAGCCAGAUACAGACCACCAUGCCCAAGACCAGCCAGUGGAAGAAGGAGAAGAUGACAACCCACCCACAUUGGAUGCAAAUGGAACAGAGCACCAAGACCUGCAAGAAAGUCUGACAACAGGCCAAGAAGACAACAACACAUCCACUUUUGAUGCCAAUGGGACAGAGCCCCAGGAACCGCUGGACAAACAAACAACAGAGCAAGAAGACAACAACCCAUUAAAUGUUGAUGCAAAUGUGGAAGAACACCAAGAACCACAGGACAGUCCAACAAUAGAGCAAGAAGACAACAACCCAUUAAAUGUUGAUGCAAAUGUAGAAGAACACCAAGAACCACAGGACAGUCCAACAAUAGAGCAAGAAGACAACAACCCAUUAAAUGUUGAUGCAAAUGUAGAAGAACACCAAGAACCACAGGACAGUCCAACAAUAGAGCAAGAAGACAACACCUAGUCCGAUUUUGAUGCUAAUGUGGCAGAGCACCAAGAACCACAUGAAAGUCUGAAAGUAGAGCAAGAAGAUGACACCCAGUCCCCUUUUGAUGCCAGUGGGGCAGAGCACCAAGAACCACAAGGAAGUCUGAAAGCAGAGCAAGAAGACAACCUAUCUGCUUUUGAUGGGACAGAGCACCACAAACUACAAGAAAGUCCAAAAAUAGAGCAAGAAUCUGUAUUGGAGCAGCAAAUCAAGGAACUAGCCAUUUCUGAUGCCUCCACAGAAUCGUGCCACGAUAAUGACCCGAGAUGAUCUGAGUGACUGUCUGCAAGUGGAGAUGGCUAUUGUUUCAUCAGACAGUGAUGCAGAAGAGCAAUGGAAGUCCAUGGUUUCUCCUGCUGUUGAAAACGAGAAUGAUAAUGAUGGCAUUCUUGGGUCAGAUCCACCUGAUGUUAGUGAGGAGCCAAACAACCAAGAAGAUGUAAACGAGGAAGACAGCAGUAUUCUACUGGAAAGUAAUGCUACACAUGAGGAUGAACUUCUGGAAGAAACCACAGAAAGCAUCGAUAUCUUAGAACAGCCAGAAUGUCCCACAGAAUGUGAGCUGGAAGACCUUUCGUAUGAGGGAUCCAUACACUACCGAAGUUUAACGAAGAUCCCAGAGGAUGAGGAGGAUCUCAACCAAAACGCAAAGCACAGCCUGCAGCGUUUGUCUGCCUCAACCUCUGAGCUUGACAAGAAGUUACCACAAGACUACUGCGUGAUUGAGGAGGCAAAGAGCGAGAAUGUCAGUACCGAACAUCUGGACUUUAGGAUGGCUCGUCAGCAGUGGAAGAAGAUGGAAGAGCAGAAUAAGGGCCAAUUGCGCCAGCCCAACAUCAAGCAGGGUACUUGUCAGGGUGGCCAUAGCUUCAUGUACACACCUGUGCGUACCCUAGAGCGUCCCAAGAAAGACCAAGAUUCAGACAGUCUAAGUCUUGGUGAUUACCAGUACACCCAGUUUAGCCCUUGCUCAGAAGACUCUGGGCUGGAUGACACAAGCUACAGGUCUCCUUAUGACGAACCAGAAACUCCAGUUGAGAGGGAGAUACGUGAGACUAUGGAGCGAGAAGAAUCUUUCAGACGAGAGAGGGCCCUGUCAAGAUCAUCUUCUGGUGAACCUGUAGAAAGCAAACCCAGACCAACCACUUUGCUGGCAAGCAGAUCAGACCCAGACGAUAAAAGAAAGAUGUUUAAUACACCUGAAGACAGAUGCAGGUCACAGAGAUCGCCCAGCGCCAGAACCCCAACUUUAUCCAUCACUGCUUCACCAUCAUCAAAACCAGCGUACCAUGAGAUGGUGGCUAACAACGUCAUCAUCCUCGAGCCAGAUUCUUAUUCCGCAAGCCCAAGGCACAGGGGGAAGGGUCUUCUCUCUCCAGGGACAAGCAGUUUCCAUGAGUGGCCCUCAGACAUGAGCAAUGUUAUCAUAUUGGAAACAUCAAAUCUCAUCAUCCGAAGUGCAUCAGAGUUCUGCCUGAGCACUGCAUGCCAGGAGACUCAAGAGAGCACCUUCCAUAAUAAUCCCUUCUUCAAACUGAGGUCACACAGCACACAGUCUCUGGUGGACCAGGAGAUCAAAGUGGUGAGGCAGAGAGAUGAGGAGUUCAGGAGACAGAGGGCACAGUUGUACACUAAAGAGAAGUACGACACUGUCCUGGUGUCUCCCAGCUUGCUGGAAAGUUUUACCUACGACCGACCAGGAGAGAUACCAUCAAAAUGCAAGUCCUCCCCUUCCUCCCCUUCAAAGAUACGCAAAAUGGACCGUUCCGUUUUGUCCUGCGAUCAGAAGUUUUACAGGUGAAACUCUCCCCUUCAGUUCCCCGAGGCACCUUUCACCGGAGUCCGGCGGAAAAGUGCCCUGGUUCAGAGAUGGGAAGCAGGGAUCUUCGCCAAUCAUCAAAAGGACUGAAGGAUGGCGCUAACCGCACAAAGCAAAUAUGGUAUAUGCAUUCGGCUAUUUAGCAUUAAAUUAAGUGUUUGGUCUGUCAGCUGGAUGUCAUUCUUCUGAAGUGAGCGUUAAAAAGUCAAGGCGUGACGUUGAUCUUUUUACAUAUUUUGAUGUACUGUCACAUGACGGCAAAUGCGUUUAUGGUAUUUUCAUACUAUAUUUUCUCCUUGAUAAAUUUUGUAGGAUGACAUGAAGCACAAUUUAUAACGGGACUAAUAUAACGUCGUAUUUUAAAACGGACAAAGAAAGAAAGGACGAGACAAUAACAAUGCCAAACAUGAUUUUUAUUAUUUGAAUUUAAUGAGAUGAAUUCUUUGAAUAACUGUCAUUUUUGAGCCUUAGGUUAUAGGUUUACAUAGAGUUAUUUCCACAAGUGACUUCUCGAUUUAUUCCUUAUUUGAGCUGAUGUAGAAUGCAGAAAAGAAGUAGUCCUAGCAGAGCCUGCCGGAUGUUUAAUUUAAGACACAUGCAGAUGAACAGACAAAGCAAAACCAGUGAAUGUUUACCAGACUGUCAAUGCAAGUACUGUAGUUAUUUUCAGCCUUGGUGUUGAUCCAUUAGAUAUCGAUAACGGUUGCGCUUUUUUUGCACUGAAUGUUUUGCUUUGUGAACUUUUUGAACUGUUGAUGUUUUUGAGCAAUGAUUCUUGCCUGCUAAAUACAGUAACGACAUCAUUUAUUAUUCUUGUCAGCAAAUAAUUAUAGGAGAAGAGUAUAUGUAGAUGUUCAUUAUGCGUUAUUAUUUGGUUUGUGGCAGAUGGUUCAUUAAUACAGAACUUGAUUUUUUUCCCCUUACAGUAUUUUCAAUGCAGCCUAUUCAUUUAUCCUUGAAAUAAAGAGAUAUUAAUUACUGAAA